AUGUUCUCAAGGGCCAUCCGCCAGUCGAGCCGCCGGGUCGCUGCAAUCUCUGCUACCAGCAGGAUUGCUUCGACUCGCGCUCCCGCAUUCACCAACGCUACGCGCUUCUACGCUUCCGACGCAAAGGCGACCCCAACCGAAGUUUCCUCCAUCCUUGAGCAGAGGAUCCGCGGUGUCCAGGAGGAGACCAGCCUCUCCGAGACUGGUCGUGUUCUCUCCGUCGGUGACGGUAUUGCUCGUGUCCAUGGCAUGAACAAUGUCCAGGCCGAAGAGCUUGUCGAGUUCGCCUCCGGUGUCAAGGGCAUGUGCAUGAACUUGGAAGCCGGCCAGGUCGGUGUUGUGCUUUUCGGUUCCGAUCGUUUGGUCAAGGAGGGCGAGACCGUCAAGCGUACCGGACAGAUUGUCGACGUUCCCGUUGGCGAGGCUCUCCUCGGACGUGUCGUUGACGCUCUCGGUAACCCCAUCGAUGGAAAGGGUCCCCUCAAGACCACUGAGCGCCGUCGUGCUCAGCUCAAGGCCCCCGGUAUCCUGCCCCGCCGUUCCGUCAACCAGCCCGUACAGACUGGUCUCAAGUCCGUCGACGCCAUGGUUCCCAUUGGACGUGGUCAGCGUGAGUUGAUCAUUGGUGACCGUCAGACUGGAAAGACUGCCGUCGCUCUCGAUGCCAUGCUCAACCAGAACAGGUGGAACAAGGGUACCGACGAGACCAAGAAGCUGUACUGCAUCUACGUCGCCGUUGGUCAGAAGCGAUCCACCGUCGCUCAGCUCGUCAAGACCCUUGAGGAGAACGAUGCCAUGAAGUACACCAUCGUUGUCGCUGCUACUGCUUCUGAAGCUGCUCCUCUUCAAUACAUCGCGCCUUUCACCGGUUGCUCAAUGCUAACAUUGUUUUUUAGGUUCCGUGACAACGGCAAGCACGCUCUCAUCAUCUACGAUGAUUUGACCAAGCAGGCCGUCGCUUACCGUCAGAUGUCGCUGCUUCUCCGUCGUCCUCCUGGCCGUGAAGCUUAUCCCGGAGAUGUGUUCUACCUCCACUCCCGUCUCCUCGAGCGUGCUGCCAAGAUGAAUGACAAGCUCGGUGGUGGUUCGCUCACUGCCCUUCCUGUGAUUGAAACUCAAGGUGGUGACGUUUCUGCGUACAUUCCUACCAACGUCAUUUCCAUUACCGACGGUCAGAUCUUCUUGGAGGCUGAGCUCUUCUACAAGGGUAUCCGCCCCGCCAUUAACGUCGGUCUCUCUGUCUCUCGUGUCGGUUCCGCUGCCCAGGUCAAGGCCAUGAAGCAGGUCGCUGGUUCCCUCAAGCUCUUCUUGGCCCAGUACCGUGAAGUCGCUGCCUUUGCCCAGUUCGGUUCCGAUCUCGAUGCCGCUACCAAGCAGACCUUGGCCCGUGGUGAGCGUCUUACCGAGCUCCUCAAGCAGAAGCAGUACUCUCCUAUGGCCGUCAACGAGAUGGUUCCCCUGAUCUACGCUGGUAUCAACGGUCUCCUUGACAACGUACCAACCAACAAGAUUCUCCAGUGGGAGGCUGACUUCCUUGCCCACCUCCGAUCAAACGAGUCCGACAUGCUCGCCCAGAUCGACCGGGAAGGUGCUCUCAGCAAGGAGCUUGAGGCCAAGCUGAAGGAGGUUGCCCAGAGCUUCACCAAGAGCUUCGUUGCAUAG